UGACUACAUUUUAAAAAUACAUUUUUUUUUUUUUUAAAGAAUUUUGGCUUUUUCUGAUCAAACUUAAUUGCACGACCAAGUUUGGGUAUGUUGUAAACGUGCGUUUUGAGUUAAAUGCAGCUAUAUUUUAUUGGUAUACCGUGAGUUAUAGCUUAGACUGUUUUUCAUUUGACUGUCUUUGCAGGUCGUAGUUUAAUACGUACCAGAUGUGACAUUUUCCAACCAGGUUCACCAGCCCGCCUUUAACGCUGUCCGUGUCACUUCUUUGUUAUUACAUGCAGGAGUUGCUUUGCUUUUCUUUAUAUUACCUACGUGCUGUAUCAGUACCGUAGUUACAGCAAACAGCCUCGAGAUAAUUGUGAUUCAUUUGCAAACAUACAGGCAGUCAGUACUGAAAGUGCUAACUUGUACUGUACUGUUUAGUUUGUUGAUACUGUGGAAAGUGCGACCACCUCAAACUCGCCUCCUGAACCACCAAUUAUAUACCGUAGAUUCGCAUCUUGCAUGAUAUACUUCGUAAAGCACAGACCACACAAGAAAGUAUGUCCACCUGCCUGGCAGGAUUAGUUCAUUCGGUGAACAUGUAGUGAUAAUUUGGAAUAUGAGACUGCAGCCCAGUUCCAGACUUUAUGAUAUUCUUUGUGUGCUACUGUUAUCUUGGGCUGGCCUUAGGCGUUGGUCUAAUAGGUAUGGUUUAUCAGUGUAACAAAAGUACCCUAACAAGGAACUGUAAUAGCACAGUGGUCAGCCAGGAGAAUCUUCCAGCUAACCCUCAAUGUAACACUGCUAAUAAUACAGUAUUACCACCUCUCAUUUCAGUCCCUAAAUCUAACCCCAAACUGUAAAUCCACCCUCCAUCACAGGAGUCUAUCUAUCUAUCUGUCUAUCUGUCGUAUAUAGAGUACAGAGAAUUCAAAAACAGCUCUGUAUCGAAGUUGAAGGGAGAGGGAUGUGUGACCCAACCAGCAAUCAUUGAGAUAAAUGCAGACAGCAACAUGAGGAAUGAUUCUCUGCGAGACUCUUAGGAGUUGGUGCUUCAUGAAGUUCUGUAAGACACUUUUGCUUCCCAGCGGAAGGGAGUCUGAAUCCCAGGUGCUCCGUUUUCUACUGCAGCCACUCCUGGGUGGGAGUUUAUUGAAGAUGAGCGUUUACUGAUUUUAAGAGAUUAAUUCAGUCUUAAUAAUAUCUGUGCAUAUCCAAGACAUACGAAAGCAGUGUUUUAGGAAAGUAAAUAAGCAGGAUAAAAAAAGAACACAUCUAAACUAUAAUGGUAGAAUAUGUAGCGAUACUAAAAGUCAACACUUUGUUUUACUGUGUUCUUUUUCAUCCCCUCUCACUGUUUUCCCUGAUGUUUUCACUCGGGACUGUAUUUUGCAGUUGGCUGAAGAAUGCUGUAUAAAAGAGAAAAGAUGCAGCCAAAGAGUGUGAGAGCUUCUCCUGGGAGCUGAAUGAUGGAUGUAAGCCUCCGUUGGAGGGUCAGGGGCUGGAGAAGGUGAGCAUGUCUGUGCAGCACAAGCAGCUCCAGGAGCAGCAUGAGUGGGAGCUGAGGAGCCUCCGGGAGACCCUGACUGCCACAGCGAUCAAUGAAAGAGAAGAGCUGCUGCAGACUCACAGAGACGAGCUCCAGAGAGUCACGCAGGAGGUCACUGCAAAGGUUGAAAAGGAGAAGACUGGAGAGCUAGAAGCAGUCUUUUCUGAGCAGAUUCAGUCACUCAAAGCUGAGCACGGGAACACAUUAGUGGAGCUCCGGCAAUCACAUGACCUUGAGAAGAACUAUUUGACAGAGUCCUUUGAGACAACUCAGACAUCUUUACAGAGCAAGAUUGAUGAGCUGUCUGCAGAACUGCAGGCGUUCAGCGAGUUGAAGAGGAGAGUGGAGGAGUCGGUCCUGAAGAGAGACCUACACAGAAAUAUCCAGGCCCACGGGAGUCCUGACCCUUUCUGGGAGCAGGAGCUAGAGAGCUUGUUGUUUGUGAUUGAAAUGAAGUGUAAGCGAAUCCAGGACCAAGGCAAGAAGCUUCUCCACAUGGAGACUCUGGCUGAGAAGAACCUCUUGCUGGAGGACAGGGUAAAGAAUCUCCUUCAACAGAAUGAGGACCUGAAGGUCCGCUUGGAGAAUCACCAGGCUUUUAUUAAGCAGUUGUCCCGGGAGCACAUUUUGCUACAGGAAUCGCUGGAGAAGGAGACCAACCUGAGCCAGAAGCUGCACCGUGAGAAGGAAGAGCUUGUCUACAGGAUGAUCAAUGGGAACUCCUCGCCCACCUUCCACCUGUCCGGCAAGGUCCUGCCUCCCCUCUCCCCCAGGUGACCACAUGGGGGGGGUGCUCUUCGGAAGUCUCGGACCUGUAGAUUCCUCAGACUGCCAGCAGAGGCUGUCCUUUCCCCUGUACUCAGAUUCUCUAAAUCAAACUGGAAGAUCUACACGCAUUUGCAUCACGGCAGGAUAUUUUUAUAGGAUAUUGUUGCACUUUUUUCGAAACGGUCAACUGUUUAAAGUCAGGGGUGCAUGUUUCAGAUGGGUUCUACCUAACUGCAGCAUUGCACAACUAUUACGUUAUGGAUAUUUUGACAGGUCCUUUUCUGCUGUGAUCAUGACAAAUAUACGGCUGGACUGGGAGCAAAGCAGAGGUCCAAAACUGUGAAGCAGUUACAGUAUGCUUAUACAUAUCCCAGUGCAAAGAAUAUUGACCCUGCUUGCUUGUCUGCUGUGGUGUUAUCUACAUAGACUAUUGCUGUUAAAACAUGUUUAUGCAAAUGUUGAUCAAAUCCAGGUGAACAGUAGAUGACAAAUGCCAAAGCAGAUGUGUUGUUAGAGAUACAUGAUUCUUUUUUAGUGAAGAAAGUCCAAGCCAAGUUUUUUCCCCAAUUAGAAUGACUGGCUGUCUAGUUGCAUCAGAAGAUGUAGGCGAGACAUGCAGUAUACAAGCUACACCACUAUACCCCACUGGUCUUGUUUCUUUGUUCUGGGGGGUUACUGCAUGUGGCCAUUCGUCGAUGAUUUCAGCCUCUGUGAUUCUAGCUUGUAAGAGUUUUAUGUGGGAACCUGCAGACAAGACCUGUCCUUUAGAAUGGCCCUUUGUGAAACAUCAGUAAUCUGUACAGUCUUUAAAAAAGGAAACCUCUGCCAACCAAGCUUCCACAAUAUUGCAUGUCUGGGGAUUUCAUUUGUAUACAGAGUACUAGGCAAUGUGCUGCAUAUCACAGGUCUGUCUUCACUCUGGGAUAAAAAGGUGCAUAUGCAUAUUAAUGUGCUGUGUGUUUUAUUUGGUGAUGCUCUUGAUGUUCACAAAAUAAGGGAGUUUUCCAGGACAAAAAAUGUGAUGUGAGCCAAAAGUUUAGAUUUAUUUAUUUUUAAUUAAUUUAUUUUUUAAACCGAGACAUUUUAAACUACCACCACCGUAAAACUCUUACCACUGUAUUUAUUGAUGGUAGUAAAGAUGACCAUUAAAAGAUGUACAUUUAAAAUAGCCACCAUUGACUGACCUCUGUGGGGGAAAAGUACAGAUUUAACGCAUGUAAUUCGAUGCAUGUAAUAGAAUGCUUUGAGUGUUAACUGUAUGAGUGCUGUCAAUUUAUUGGGAGGGUAGUUGUUUUAUUAGCAGUGGAAAUUGGGGAUGCAACAAGGCCGUUUCUGAACAUUAUUUUGAGAGGAGUGUGAAUAGAGCUUCAGUUAUCACUUGAUUUUAUAAGCAAGCCGCGUUGCAUUUGGACAUUUUACUUAGUAACCAAACCAUCAAUAUAUAUCCCCUGUAGUCACUGCGUGUAUAAUUGUACCAUGUUAAGUGUUCUAUCUAUGCCACUAUUGUACAAUGCAUAAUGUUUUAAAAUGUCUAAUCUAUAUAUUUCACAGGUGUAUGUAAUUGCUGUUGCCAGUGCUAUCUGCUCAGCAGUUACAACUUGGUGGGUUUCUUUUGUUUAUUAUUGUUCACCAGCCACUCCCUGUAAAGUUACACAUGCUCCCUACACAUGCUAUCUAUGUCAAUGCCAUUGAAAACCAUAGGUUCGAUUUGGAAAGCUGUUUACUCCACAUUGUUCAGAUGCAAAAAAAACAAAACAAAAAAACAUUUAAUGGUGACUGCCGUGAAUAGGAGUAAACCAGUUUUGCAUUUCUAUAUAGAGACUCAAUUCAUUAUCUGAUGCAGUAAAAUUUGACUAAUCAUUAUGUAACAUGGAUAAUCAGUGACUGGAAA